AUGUCUCAUCCUCAGCGAUAUAGUAGGUGCCUUCACCAUGCGAUGGAGGAAAGUAUUGCACUCGACUUGAGGAGCUACUUCCAUCGUCUUCUGGUUAUAUUUCCUCAAAAUACCCCAACAAGACCGGGAAGUGGGAUUGACCUCUUUAAGUUGCUUCAUGGCAUCCUGAUGUCCCUUCUCAGUCUUUACAUAUCAAUGCACCGGUUCCACCAUCGACACCUGCGGUGGCACAUCAUCCUCCAAAUCAUCAUCAAACACCAGCUUUUGCCUUCUUGCCUCACUCCGAGGGAUUCUAGAAUAGACAGUCGUGUCUUCCAUUGGAGUAGGAGACACCAUAUGUUUCUCCUCAAUAGCCUCCUGAGUCUUAUGCUAGCAGGGUGCAUGCUCGCCGAAGCUUCCGUUCACUUUUUGAUCACAAACACCGGGGCAAGCCAUCCCUCUUGUCCUCGCCUCACUCGCUCCCCCUUCCCGCUCCUUCUUGCCCACGAAAUUCCGUAG